GCUCCCAGAUCGACAAGAACCCAACAACAUCUCCUCUCUCAGACAGUCACCUGCAUCUACUAGUCGUCUGGGGUUUUGAAGACUUGAAGAAACAACUGAAGAUUAGUAUUGGUUAACUGAAACGUCUGGUUGAGGAAGGAGACAGAGAGCAAACUGCCACAACCCAAGUCUGUUUUUAAAGAGAUUCUGAACAAGAACAUCACAAGAAUGAAGGCCUUCAGUGUAGCUGUUGCCAUGGUGUUGAUCCUGGCUUGCACCUGCAUCUUCAGCAGCUGUGCUGUGCCCUUCUCUGAGCAGCGAGAGCAGGAGAGGAGCAGCCUGGUUCUGGAACACCAGCAGGCAGCGGAUCACUCACAGAACCUCUUUGCCUCCACCAGGGUGAAGCGUCAGAGCCACCUGUCUCUGUGUUACUGGUGCUGCAACUGUUGCCACAACAAGGGCUGCGGGUUCUGCUGCAGAUUCUGAUCCGGAACCAUCUAACGCCAGGACGACAGAACCGUAGAACGUCAGAACAUUAAUUUAUUUAAGUUCCACCAUUUCCAUCUGUAGCUUUAUUAGUGAACUCUUUUUUUUCAACCAUUUUUAUUACCUUAACACACAACCAUGAAUGUUGUAUAUAAACAUUUACCAUUUACUAUGACUGUAGAGCAUUUGUAUAGAGACACAGUACAAAGAACUGGGAUAAUUGUUUCCUAUUUAUUUUAUACUAGUUUCAAUGUUACACUGUACAGUUAUUUUUUUAUGAAAGUGAUAUUUGUCAAAUGAAGCUGUUUAUCUAAUAAUACAAUUAAAUAAAAUGUGUUACACACA